CUUAACUUUCACGGGAAGUUGAUAAGCUGUCUUUCCCAAAUCUCAUUUAGUUUUUCAUCGCGUAGCAGCGAACUGUUGUGAUAUGUUUUGAUUCUUUGAAUUAUUUAUCAGUAUAUUUAAAAUGGAAACAAUCCCUCUUUCUCCAACCAACAGAAAAUCAAGGUUUAAUUGUUGUGCAGGUCAACAAAAUGAUGGAUUAAGGGUUAUAGUAUUUUGCUUUGGAGUACUUUGCAUUUGUGUCACAAUUGCCUUAGUAAUCAGCAUCUACCUUGGUGAUCCUGAGAUAAUGCCCAGAGGGGCAGUCGCUACAGAUAGCCAACAGUGCUCUCAGAUUGGUGUUGAUACCUUGCAGAUAGGUGGUAACGCAAUUGAUGCAGCAGUUGCAAGUAUGUUCUGCAUGUGUGUUGUUAAUCCUCAUAUUACUUCGCUUGGAGGUGGUGGAGCUCUGAUAAUAUUGAACCAUCUAACUACAAAACCACCCAUAGUCAUCAACUUUCAAGACGCAGCUCCCGGAGUAAUCAAUGUAUCCUCCAUCGUCGAUGGCCAAGGAGCCGCUGCUGUGGGAAUCCCGGGGUUGAUAAGUGGCUUGUGGGAAAGCCAUAAAAAAUAUGGCAAACUGAAAUGGGCAGAUCUCUUACUUCCGUCCAUCCAGUUAAGUAAUCUUGGAAUGAACGUAUCAUCUCAGCUGGCUGGAGCAGUACAAGGAAUUCCGAAUGAAUCUGCAUUACGCCGAUCGCAGCUCUUCUUUCCCAAUAAUAUACCCUUGGCAGAAGGCCAAAUAAUCCGCCAACCCGCCUUGGCCAAACUUUUAGAUUCUCUUGCCCAAAGCGAAAAUGGUGCCGAAGAAUUUUACAAAGGAAAAUCAGGUAUGAAAUUAGUGAAUUUCAUGACAAAAGCGGGUGCCGAUUGGACCAUGGAGGAGUUGGGAAAAUAUCGAGCAAGAGAGGAACCAGCAAUUACAGGAGUUUAUGGAAAAACAACUCUGUACACUAGUUCCGCCCCAACUUCUGGCCCCCAGCUCAUUUCACUUCUUAAUAUCCUGUCCGGCUUUGGAUUCUCCCCUAAAGAUUAUUUUACCCUGGGAUAUACACACGACAUGAUCGAAUCUAUGAGGAUGACACAGAACCAAGUUUCAAAAUUAGGCGAUCCAGUGUUUGGCAAUGCCGUUGCGUCGAUUGUAGCUAAAAUGACUAAUCUGACAUUAGCCAACGAAGUGAGAAAGCAAAUUCAUCCGAAUGUUAUGCUUCCUGAUAGCGAUGUACCUUUAAUGCCGGAACCCGCUGCUUCAGUCGUGUCCGUCAUGGAUAACGAAGAGAUAUACGUUGCUAUUGUCAGCGGUUUGAAUUCAGUUUUCGGUGCCCACCUCGUGACCCCUGAUGGUUACGUGCUGAAUAAUGCAAUGGCCGGUUUCUACAAUGAUCCUUCUCUGCCUGAUAAUUUAGGUGAUAAAGCAGGUCAGCGUCCGUUGCAAGGUCUUUUACCUGUGAUUGCAACCGAAACGGGUGGCCGUUGCGGAACGCGUUUCGUCAGCGGCUCAGCUGAUGCCACGCUGCUUGCUCAAGUCAUCGUGAAUAUCCUUCAGUUUAAUCAGUCGGCUGCUGACGCCAUCCGCUCGCCUAGAAUUCACGCAAAACCGCAGAAUACUGCCCUUGACUUAGAAGAUGUGCCGCAAGCAAAACUGCCAGAUACGUUGGUCGAUUCGCUUACCAAGAUGGGCCAUACAAUUUUAUUACGUCCUCCACCCUAUCCGUCCGUUAACGUGGUGCUCAAGAAUGGUGAUGCCUUGUCUUCGCAAUCAGAUGCCCGCGGUGGCGGCUACGCCGUGAAAUACGGCCCUUAAAAGAAUCUCCUUUUUCGCUCUCUGUGACAGUUUCCAAUUAUUAUGGAACAACGCAUCGCACGAAUAACUGCCUGGUAAGAUCUUAAAACCCCCUCCCCAAAAAAACGAUCUAUGCACAACUUGUUUCUUUGUUAAACCUUCGUUUUUAGUAAUCCGUUUUCAAGCUCGCAAUAACUAAUGCCUUUUGUUUUAUAGUUUUUUUUUCCAAGUCUUCCCGUUUUUUAUUACCCAUUUGAUGUGGCCACAUAGGCAAUAAAGAAAAUAUUCGGUUUCCUUUUUGGAAGACAAACUAA